AUGGCUCCGCUCGACCGCAAGGGCGAGGCCCUCGCGUGGAUCCUCGUCGGAGGCUCGAGUUCCCAGCAGGUUCAGCGUGGAAUCGAGUAUGCCACGGCCGCCCUACCGCUGCUCCGCCCGGGUGACGACGUCGCCGUCCUCCCGUACGAGUCAGCUACGAGGGAGUACGCGGAGUUCGUCCGCGAGAUCCUCGGGCUGUCGAAGAACCAGUUCAUCUGGGCGUCCGAGCAGACCACGCUCAACUCGCUUUCCGUCGGCGACCUGACGCCAACCGUCACGGAGGAGAUCAAGGCUUGGUCCACCAAAUGCCGGCAGAAGGGCUCGAAGUCGGUCGUGGUGCCCUACGCCACGUCCGCGCCCUUCGAGGCCUGGAUGGAGGGCCUCCGCGCCCUCGGGUGCGACGCGGAGCCCGUCGCGGGCGCGCGGCCCGACGACAAGCGCGCGCACAAGGGCAGUCUGCACCGUUCCGUCAAAGACCUGGAUUCCCCGUCCUUCGUCGAACACCUCGGCGACGACAUCCCCGUCCCGCGCGGCUUCGCGUGCGAGGACAACGACGACCUCCUCGUCGCCAUGGCCCUCCUCGGCGGCUCCGAGGCCGUCGUCAAGCCCUGCGAGGGCCGCGCCGGCGAGGGCGUCCUGGUCGUGUCGUCCGCGGAGGAGCUGCGCCUCUACGACUUCCCCCUGGGGCCCGUCGUGCUGCAGGAGCGCCUCGCGCUCGACAAGACCCUGGACGGCAUCGAGCUGUCGUCCUGCGCCGCGAAGGCCGCGGGCGACAGCCUCCCGGGCUUCGAGCGCGUCACGAUUGGCCCAGCGCACUUUGGCAUCAAGAGCAACGCGUCGACGGAGGCGCACCAGGCCGCGGUCGGGGCGUGGUCGACGCGGCUGCUCGCGGACCACCCGACCGCGACGGCCGAGUUCGUGUCCGUCGGGGGCCACCCGCUGCUCAUGUCGAUGCAGAUCGGCAAGCUGCAGGCCGACCACUUCGUGAUGGCGUUCCACGACCGCUACGCGCCCGGCACGGAGUUCUACGUGUGGUCCGCGACGCCCCCGCGGCACCUCGACGUCUGGGUGUACUGGGCGCGCCUCGUCGAGCAGAAGGCCGCCUUCGUGCCGCCGCCCGCGGGCACCGUCCCCGAGGUCGGCGCCGGGUGCGGCGUCUUCCCGGUGUCGUACCUCAAGGGCCAGACGGCGACGUUCAUCGCGAUCGGGCCGACGCAGGAGACGGUCCUGCGCCUCAAGGCUGUCGCGGACGAGGCCCUGCGCGCUGACCUGGAGGAGGCUCCGCUGAAGCUUGUGUCGUGGCGCGACGACGUGCGGCGCAUCUGGGUGUCGGGCCCGCGCCCGGAGUACCGCCGGAUCACGCAGCGGUUCAACAUGCCGAACCGCUGCCUCCCGCUCGUCCGCAAGGGCAUCGACUUCAUCGUCAUUCCCGGCGGGCACGACCCGACGAUGGAGUUCGCCGAGUUCAUCAAGGAGGUGUGCGAGCUGGACGAGGACCAGGUGAUCGUCACGUCCGGGCGCGAGUACAACCUCGACGACGACAUCUCGUCGGACCCCGGCGUCAUCUCCCGCCUCAAGGCCAUCGUCAUCUCCAACCCCAAGGACAAGUUCACGCUCGUGCCGUACGCCGUGACGCCCAACUUCGAGCGCUGGGCCAACCAGUUCCACGAGCUCGGCGUCACCGUCUUCGGCGAGUCCCUCGAGUGGAUCCUCAAGUUCGGGCACAAGGGCAUUCUCCACCGCAGGGUCGCCACGCCCGACGUGCCCUCGAUCGUCGAGCAGAUCGGCGCGACCGUCCCCGUCGCGCGCGGGUGGCACUGCUGCAACCGCGACGAGCUCCUCUGGGCCUGGGAGUGGCUCAACGCGCACGGCGUGCGCAAGGGCGUCAUCAAGCCCAACCUGGGCGCCGCGGGCGAGGGCAUCAUUUUCGUGACCGAGCGCGAGCAGCUGGCGAUGUACGACUUCCCGAUGGGCGACGUGUGCCUCGAGGAGUUCCUCAACCUCGACUGCGCGCCCGACGGCGUCGUGCUGUCGCCGGCCGUGCACUACAUGGAGGGCAUGCUCAUUGGCCGGGGGCUGGUGGACCAGAUCAUGAUCGGGACCGGAUACGCCGGGUGGCGCGAGUCCGCGGUGCCGAAGACGUUCCAGGUCGCGGCCGUCGGGUGCAUCGACAAGCUGAUCCGCAAGAUGAGCCCCAAGGGCCCCGGCGGGUUCGACUUUCUGUCGGUCAAUGGGACGCCCAUCCUGUCCGACGUCAACACGGGGCGGUUCAACGGCGCGCACUCGCCGAAGAUCUUCCUGGACCUGUACUCCAAGGGGAACUCGUUCUACUGCUGGAAGCUCAAGCCGCCGAUCAACGCCGACCUGUGGCUGUACUGGAAGGGCCUGACGCAGGCGGGCAUCGCCUUCUACCCGGGCCGCUCCACGCGGGGCGUGUUCCCGCUCAUCUUCCUCCGCGGGCUCUCCGGCCAGUUCAUCGCCAUCGCGGAGACCGCCGAGGAGGCCGAGAAGCUGCGCUACGAGGCCGACCGCUGCCUGGCCGACGCCGUGUCGCGCAAGCCCACGCUCAAGUCGAACCUCAGCGUCUUCAAGAAGGCCGACAUCCUGCACCGCCCCUGGCGCCGCCUGUGGAUCCUGCGGCCCUCGAUGGUGUCCAACCGCGAGUCGUCGUUCGCGCACUCGCUGCCGCUCUACGCCGCCGCGCUGCUGCGCCCCGGGGACGCCAUCGUGCUGCCGGACCGCGAGCCCACGCGCGAGUACUGGGACUUCAUCCGCGGCCUCCUCCACCUCGAGGACAACCAGGCCUACUUCGCCUCAGGCGAGGACCUGGGCGAGGACCUGGUCCACGAGCUCGUGAGGAUGGUGAUCGAGGAGGGCCCGGCGCCGGGGGAGGUUUCGCGCGCACAGCUGCUGCCGCUGCCGCUCCCCGCCGCGCAGGAGGUCGCGCCCGAGACGGUCCCGGCAGCGGAGCCCGAGCCCGUCGCGCCGCUGGCGCGCAAGUCCAUCGCGAGCUCCGGCCCGAAGGACGCCAAGCUGACCCCCGUGGCGACGGCGCCGGCGACGCUGGCGCAGGGGCAGCCGCACGGGUCCGGCCUGCGCAUCUCGUCGUCGCACGCGAGCAUCGGCGAGGGCCACGGGCACUCGGACGCGAUCGCGGUCACGGCGGCGGCCACCGAGACGGAGCUGCGCGAGGUGGUGCCGCACCGCCGCAUCAACCGCGGCGGGUUCUCGCUCGUGCCGUUCUCGCCGACCGCGGCGUUCCUGCAGUGGGCCACGCCGCUGCUCGCGCACGGCGUGCGCGUCUUCGGCGACGACGCCGACUGGCUCGACAAGUACUCGACCCACGCCAGCAUGUACCCGACGGUGCCGCUGCCGGGCAUGCCGAUCGAGGCCGCGCAGCCGACGUCGCUCGGGAAGCUCAACCUCGGCGUGAAGAUGCUCCGCGGGUUCACGUGCUACAACAACAUCGAGCUCGUCCGCGCGUGGGACCUCCUGGAGCGCGCGCCGUGCGUGGUCAAGCCCGCCGCGCUGCUCGUGUCGCAGAGCGAGGGCGUGCUCUCGAUCCACUCCGAGGCCGAGCUGCGCCUGUACGACUUCCCGCACGGCCCCGCGGUCCUCGAGGAGGUCCUGGCCUUCGACCGCGCCGCAGACGGGAUUCCCCUUUCCAUCUCGGUGCCCUUCAUCAAGAACGACGUCAUCGGGCAGAACCCGCUGGACCUCCUGAGCGUCGGCAAGCACCUCGUCGGCGUGCGCACGUCCACGCUCGACGACGCCCGCCAGGAGGAGCUCGUCGCGAUCGUGCGCAAGAUGCUGCGCGCCCUCAAGCCCAAGGGGGCCGGGACGGCCGUCUUCGGGUUCGUGAACGGCGAGCCCGUGCUCAAGUCGCUCGUGGCGGGGCGCUUCUCGCGCGAGCACUUCGUGCAGCUCUUCGUCGAGGCGCACGCCGAGGACGAGAACCGCGCCUUUGUGGGGUGGCAGCACCGCGUCCCCGAGGCGCUCGACGUGUGGACGUUCUGGAGCCGCCUGGUCGAGAAGGGCGCGGCGUUCGUGCCCGGGCAGUCCGCGAGCGGCGUCUUCCCUCUCGUGUUCUACCGCGGGUCGCUGUCGAUCUUCCUGGCCAUCGGCGAGGACAUGGCCGAGGUGCAGCGGCUGCGCGAGCUCGCGGACGAGCUCCUGCGCGCGCCCGCGCGCCCGCUGCGCAAGGCGCUGGCGUACACUCGCACGCUCGAGAACCGCAGGCGCAUCUUCGCGCUCUCGCCGCUCCCGGAGCACCGCGUGUGGCCGUGCAGCGAGUUCGUCAUCCCGUGCCUCUCGCUCUCGCUGCUGCGCCCGGGCAUCGACGUCGCGAUCGUCCCGGGCACGGACGCCGUGCGGGAGUACGCCGCGCUCGUCGCCGAGGCGCUCGGCAUCACGGACCAGCAGAUCGUCUACACGUCCAACACGUCGGCGGUGAUGGACGACGACGUCGACGACGACACGAUCGUGCGGAUCAAGGGCGCGCUGCUCGGCACGAACACGCCCGCGGACGCCGCCGCGCCGCCGCCGCCGAUGGGCGCGGCCAUCAUCCCGUUCGAGGCCUCGAAAUCCUUCCGCCGCUGGUCGUCGCAGCUGGGCGAGUUCCACGUGCAGACGUACGCCGAGGAGCCGCCGAACGCGGCGGCGCGCACGCAGGGCGCGUGGGGCACGCGCGCGUGGAUGCACCGCCGCGCGCGCACCCCCGACGCGCCCUCCCCGCUCGAGCUCGCCGCCAAGGCCAAGGGCAUCACCGUGGAGACGCCGCACGGCUACGUGUGCUCCAACGUCGACGAGCUCGUCAAGGCGUUCGACCUCCUGCGCGCCGCGAGCGAGAAGCGCCAGAAGGAGCGCUCCGCGGCCGAGGAGGCCAAGCACUCGUACGGCUUUGCGGCGCAGUCGCAGGCCGCGUCCGAGCCCGAGCAGUUCCAGGCGGUCCUGAAGCCGGCGGUCGGGAUCCUCGGCGAGCACGUCCUCACGAUCACCGACUCCGAGCAGCUCCGGCUGUACGCCUUCAGCGCCGGCGAGGUGGUGCUGGAGGAGCACCUGCAGCUGGACCGGGCCUCGGACGACCUGCAGCUGACGCUGAUGGUGCCGUUCGAGAACGGCAAGGUCCUCGCGAACGAGAUCAUGGACAAGGUCGUCGUCGGGAACUACGUCGCGGGCCUGCGGCCGACCAUGGCGCCGCGCAAGCUCGCCGCCAAGGCCGCCGAGCUGGCGGGCGUGCUGGUCGCGGCCGCGGCGCCGGCCACGGCGGGCGCGCUGCACUUCUUCAUCGUCAACGGCGCGCCCGUCCUGAGCGGCAUGUCGUCGUCGGCGUUCGCGCCGCUCCUCGCGGCCAUGCACUUUGUGCGGCAGUGCGCGCCCGCGGGCUCCAAGUACUUCAUGUGGCGCUUCACGCCCCCCGCGAGCGUCACCGCGCAGCGCUUCUACUCCACGCUCGAGCAGAAGGGCGUCGCGUUCCAGCCCGGCAGCCGCACGCGCGGCAUCUUCCCCGCGCUGUACCUGAAGGGCGUGGAGUGCGUGUGCGUGGCGAUCAGCAGCACGGCGCUGGACUGCGCGCUCCUGCACGACAAGGCGAUCAAGAUCCAGGAGCACCUCGUGAAGGAGGCCGCGCGGCUGGAGGCGGGCGUGACGGAGCUGGGCCCGCUGCCGGCGCCGGCGAUCCCCGAUGAGGUGGCCGCGGACCUGAUGCUGAUCCGGAACGCCGAGAUGGUGUACUCGCCCGAGCCGCUCGACGCGCGCAACAUCCUGGUCGCCGGCGGGAAGGUGGUGGCGCUGCUGGGCGAGGAGGAGGCCGCGGUGAUGCAGGCCAUGGCCAUGGUCAAGGUCCUGGACGCCGCGGGCGCGAUCGUGGUGCCGGGCAUCGUGGACAUGCACGUGCACGUCACGGGCGGCGGCGGGGAGGCCGGGCCGUCGUCGAGGACGCCGGAGGCCAAGCUCUCGGAGCUCCUCUCCGGCGGCAUCACGACCGUGGUGGGCAUCCUGGGCACGGACGGCUUCUCGCGCAGCCAGGAGAACCUGUUGGCCAAGUGCCGCGCGCUCAACGAGGAGGGCAUGACCGCCUACAUGUGGAGCGGCAACUACGCCUGCCCGGGCCCCACCCUCACGGGCUCCGUCACCAAGGACAUCAUGUCGGUCGAGCAGGUCAUCGGCGUCGGCGAGGUCGCCGUGAGCGACCACCGCGGCUCGCAGCCCACCAUCGACACGCUCGCGGGCCUGGCCGCGGAGGCCCGCGUCGCGGGGAUGCUCUCGAACAAGGCCGGCAUCGUGCACAUCCACAUCGGCCCCGGCAAGGGCCUCCUGAAGCCGCUGUGGGACGUGGUCGAGAACAGCGAGAUCCCCAUCACGCAGUUCAUCCCCACGCACAUGGACCGGUCCGAGGAGCUCAUCGAGGACGGCGCGAAGUGGCUGCGCGCGGGCGGGUUCCUGGACUUCACGGGCCGCUCGGUGCGCACCCGCGUCGCGCUGGGCAAGUACUUCCACGAGGGCCUCCCCAUGGAGAACGUCUCGGUGUCGUCGGACUCGUACGGCUCGCUGCCGACGUUCGACGUCAACGGGAAGCUCGUCGCGUACAAGGCCGCGGACACCAAGGCGCUGCUGCGUCUGUUGCGCCAGCUGUACUUCCAGAUGCGCUGGCCCAUCGAGCGCAUCAUUCCGCUCAUGACGAGCAACCCCGCGCGCAUGCUCAAGCUGCGCAGCAAGGGCAGGAUCGACGUGGGGAAGGACGCGGACCUGCUCCUGCUGUCGCACACCACGCUGAAGCUGACGCACGUCGUGGCGCGCGGGAAGCUGGUCAAGGCGCCGGGGUGGACGCAGGGCGGGCUGUUCGAGAAGGGCAAGAACAUCCGGCCGAUUCUGCCCCAGGAGGACUGA